AUGGAGGGGCUCAGCGUGGGCAGUGUCCUGCUGACCGGCUGCGACGGGGGGCUGGGCCUGGGGCUGCUGAAGGGGCUGCUGGAGCAGCCCAGCCCACCCCGGCACAUCUUCGCUGCUUGCCUGGACCCCCAGGGCAAGGCUGUUAACGAGGUGGCUUUGGGCUUUCCCAACGUCGUGAUCCUCCCUCUAGAUGUGACAGACCCCAACAGCAUCAAGGCAGCCGUCAGGAGGGUGCGGGCAGAGGUGGGAAGUGCUGGCCUCAACCUCCUGAUCAACAACACGGGCACCACGCGCCGCAGCACCUUGGCCACCGAGACAGCAGAGAACAUGAGCCUCGUCUACACCACCAACACCAUCGGGCCCCUGCAGACAAGCCAGGCCUUCCUGCCCCUGCUGAAGGAGGCAGCUGAGGCCGAAGGGCAGCGUGAGAUGAGCUGCCGCAGAGCUGCCAUCAUCAACAUCUCCAGCAUCCUGGGCUCCAUCGAGGUUGCAGAGGCUUGGGAGGAGAGGCAGGACAUCUGCUACCGCUGCAGCAAGGCUGCUCUGAACAUGCUCACCAAGUGCCUGGCCCUGGAGUACGGGAGCAGCGGGAUCCUCUGCGUGUCUGUGGAUCCUGGACAUGUGACACCGCCCUUGGAACAGGGGAUGGGCCCGGUGACGCUGGAGGAGAGCGUGCGGGGCGUCCUGCAGCUGCUGGCCCAGCUCUCAGCCACCAGCAAUGGCACCUUCUGGGACUGGAGAGGGCAGAGGCUGCCCUGGUGA